AAUGCCAAUAGUUCUAGCUGGUAUGUAACAAAGACGGCUCAUUUUCGUGUUUAAAAUACUUGGAGUCAUUGCGAGGCUUGCAUUUUGGAAUGGGCUUCGGGGAAGGCAAACAAGAACGACAGAAGACAAAAAUGGCCGAGAGACGCAAGGUAGGCUACAAGGCCUGGUUGGGAUGAAUUGAAAAUUUACCAAGACGUAUCCGGCAUGUAAGCAGCAAAAGAGAGGUUUCUAUGCAACAAGAUACGUGUUCCGAGUAUUAUACAUUUUGUUUUCGCUUCGAUUAAAGCUUUUCGGAUCUAUAAAGUCUUCGAAACCCAUCAUGGAAAAAAGAAGGAGAGAAAGGAUAAACAACAGUUUGAACGAACUAAAGAAUCUUCUUCUUGAAUCAAGGAAAAAAGAUACAACGUGUUGCUCGAAGCUAGAGAAGGCGGAUAUCUUGGAAAUGACAGUCCAGUAUUUAAAGUCAAUACGCAGUCAGCAGGAGAAAGCGUCUACGACAAGCGACCCAGUUGCCUUGGCCCACUACAGAGCAGGCUUCAACCACAGCGCGAUGGAAAUAAGCCGAUACCUCAUAGACACACCAGACAUUGAAGUAAAAGUCCGUUCCAGACUCCUCACCUACUUAUCCAACAGUUGCCACGCCGCGCUCAACAACCAGGCUCUGAUGAAACAACAUUACCCCUCAGGGUACCCGACACCUAUCCACCAAGCACCCGAGAAGUCAACACAUGUUCCAAAAGAUACAUCGUUAUCCACAGCAAUCCUAGGCGAUCCAACAAUACUCGCAAUUACCCCUCCUGAAGCUGUGCCAUACUAUUUUAAUCCCUCUCAGCUAUUGAUGCCUAGUAGUUUGACGAACGGAAAAUUAGCAGCAGUGUUAAUGCCCAAUCCCAAUUUAUGCAGCUCACCAACGCAGCAAAGAAUGCUGGGUCAGCAUUUCAAACUAGAACCAGGCUCUUCAACGUCUACGAUAACACACGGCCAGGAACUUCACCGAAAAGACGCGCAUAUUUCAAACAAUGAAUCAAAUAGUAGUACUCACACUAGAUCUCGUGCCCCGGCACCGGCUGACGGAAGCGUCUGGCGGCCAUGGAGUUAACGCUGACCAAAAAAUUGAAAAACCGUGGGCGCAGUAAAGAAUAGCAUCACAGAGCCGAAAAAAAGGGCAAAGCAGUAUAUUAUGAAUAAUUAGAUUAACGCUAGAUUUGAAUGAAAUCGAAAAACAUUUAACUUAAAUAACCGAUAAACUUAUCAGUAAAUGCGUCAGUGAGUAGGAAGUUAAGAACACAGGACACCACAAAUUUAGGGCCUCUUUCGUAUCAGAACUUAUAUUUCGGAACCAUAUUUCGAACAUUGAAAACUAUGCACAUGAAUGAUCCGAAUGGAACUUGUUUUAUUGGUAUUGAACGCACAUUUCCACGCAUUACAGCCGAUAAGGUAUGUUCAUUGCAUUAGCUUUAUAUCACAGCAUUAUAUUUAUACAUAAAUUUCCCUAAUGCAAUGUACUUCAUAUUGAAGAUGAAUUAUCAAAAAUACUUGGUGUUUAAGGCUCUCAGACACCCAUUGCAAAAACCAAUUCGCAAGCUCGCUGCGUGCAAUUUCCUUCAAUCACAGUGCUUGACAGCCUUAUUCUAAUUAGAUGCAAACACUCGCAGCGACCUUGCGAGUUGAUUUUGCGAUGAGCGGACCGAGCCUUCAGGCUUGAGAGUAGGCUUUUGUAUAGGAUCACACAUUUUUGACUAGAAAAACGCUAGUUUCAUUAUCGCAGUAGCUAAAAAAAUAGGAUAUAUUUUCAACUCUCAAAUUUAUAUAUAAUAGUGUAUAUUGUAACAAUAGUUAUUUUUUUUCAUUGAAGAAAAAUUGAACAGUGCUUUAUAAGCAGAUAUUAGUCUUAAUGUGUAAAUAUAUUGGCCUCAGUCCGAUGAUUGCUUACCCAAGGAGGCGUAUAACUCGAUUGAAGAGUUGCUGGGGAGUUUGGAUCGAGGGGUGGAUCCAGCACUAGUGCACUAUUUGAAAAUUCGCCCCGGUUUUGUUUUGUUGUU